GGAGCGAGCCAGGCGGCGGCGGCGGCACAGCGCGAGCCCCCGGAAGGAGGACGUGGCGGCGGGCGGCGCUGGGCUGUGCAGGAGCCUCGGGGCUGGGCCCCGCGUCAGUGGCCAAUAAUAUGUUCAGAAGGAAGGUUCAAGAAAUUCACUAAGAGAUGAAUAUGGAAUCAUGGAGGCAUAGAGGAAUUAUCUUAAAGAAGCUUUCUUACCUCACUAAAGGAUUUGGCAACCUUUUACCACAGUGGACCCCUGAUUGAGAUCCAGUCUCCACUGUGGGCGGCAUCCUACACCUCCCCAGCAACCAGCUGAUGCUGUGGAGACACUAGAUGGAAUAAGUUUUUAAUUUUGCUGAAUACAAAACAUUUGGGCUAAAAUUUUCUGAGGGUGCCUACUUAAGGCUGACUUAAGGGUCAGAGGGGAGAAGCUGGAAAGGGAAGAGUUACAGUUCACGUUCCUGUUCAGGCUUGAUUUAUUUUGUUUUUUCCACGCUGAAGCAAAAUGGAUGUGAAGAGUCGAAAUCAUUUGCUUCUAAACCGGUUAGCAUUGGAAAGAGACAUCAAAACCUCUUAUGUUAUGGAUCAUAUGAUUACUGAUCAAGUACUAACAUUACAGGAAGAGGAGAAAGUUAAAGCACAGGCUACACAGCGGGACCGAGCAGCUAUGCUAAUAAACAUUAUUCUUAAAAAAGAUAACAACUCAUACAUAUCUUUCUAUAAUGCACUGCUUCAUGAAGGGUACAAGGAUCUUGCAGCUCUUCUCCAUGAUGGUAUCCCAAGUAUCACCUCUUAUGAUAGAAAGGACUCUACAGAUGGAGUAGCUUUUUGUGUGAGGACAAUCCUCUGUGAAGGUGGAGUGCCACAGAGACCAGUUGUGUUUGUUACUCGUCCGGAACUGGUAAAUGAAAUUAGACAGAAACUAUACAACUUAAGAAAUGAUCCAGGUUGGGUUACUGUUUAUGGAAUGGCAGGUUCUGGAAAGUCUGUCUUAACAGCUGAGGCACUAAGAGAUCAAAGCCUCUUGGAAGAGUGCUUUCCCGGAGGAGUACAUUGGAUUUCUGUUGGAAAACAGGACAAUGCUGGGCUUCUAAUGAAACUUCACAAUCUUUGUAGUAGAUUAGACCUGGACUUCACUUAUGCACAAAGGCCACCACUUAAUAUUGGAGAGGCUAAAGACCGUCUUCGUCUGCUGAUGCUACAUAAAUACCCCAGGUCUCUCUUGGUCCUGGAUGACAUUUGGGAUUCUCAGACAUUAAAAGCUUUUGAUAAUCAUUGUAAAGUUCUUAUUACCAGCAGGGAUAGGAGUGUGACAGAUCAUGUGACUGGCAGGAAAUAUGAAGUUCACAUGGAAAGUGGAUUGAAUGAUGAGAAGGGACUUGAAAUUUUAUCUCUCUUUGUUGAUAUGAAAAUAAAAGAUAUGCCUGCCCAAGCUGAUAAAAUUGUAAGAGAAUGCAAAGGUUCGCCCCUUGUGUUAUCAUUGAUAGGCGCAUUAUUACGUGAUUUCCCCAAUCGUUGGGAAUAUUAUCUCAGACAGCUGCAGAAUAAGCAAUUUAGAAGGAUAAAGAAAUCUUCUUCUUAUGAUUAUGAAGCACUCGAUGAAGCAAUGUCCAUAAGUGUUGAAAUGCUGAAUGAAAACUUUAAAGACUUCUAUAAAGAUCUUUCUAUUCUUCCAAAGGAUGUUAAAGUGCCUACUAAGGUGUUCUGUAUUCUUUGGGAUAUGGAGCCUGAAGAAGUUGAAGACAUGCAGCAAGAAUUUGUAAACAAAUCUCUCUUAUUCUGUGAUCGUAAUGGGAAAUCAUUCCAUUAUUAUUUGCAUGAUCUUCAACUUGACUUCCUCAUAGAGAAGAAUCGUGAGCAACUUCAGGAGCUGCAUGAAAAGAUUGUUAAACAGUACAAGAAACAUUAUAGAUUAUGUAUACCUACUCCAGGUGAAGAGGAUUGCAUGUACUGGUAUAACUUUUUAGUGUUCCACAUGGCUAGCGCUAAAAUGCAGGAAGAACUACGUGAUCUCAUGUUUUCUCUAGAUUGGAUUAAAGCCAAAACAGAAUUAGUAGGACCUGCCCAUCUGAUUCAUGAAUAUGUAGAAUACAGUAAUAUACUGGAUCAAAAGAAUAGCCUAGCACGUGAGAACUUUCAGAAAUUUCUCUCUUUAAAUGGACACCUUCUUGGACGACAGCCAUUUCCUGAUAUUGUACAGUUAGGGCUUUGUCAACCAGAAACCUCAGAAGUAUAUCAACAAGCUAAACUAAAGGCACACCAAGAAGUUGAUAAAGGGGCAUUUUAUGUGGAAUGGAUAAAUAAAGGCAUGAAGAACCUCUCCCGUUUGGUUGUCCGACCACACACAGAUGCAGUUUACCAUGCCUGCUUUUCCCAGGAUGGACAGAAAAUAGCUUCUUGUGGAGCUGACAGAACACUGCAGGUGUUUAAAGCAGAAACUGGAGAGAAACUUCAGAAUAUAGAAGCUCAUGAUGAUGAAGUACUUUAUUGCGCUUUCUCUCCAGAUGGUAGAUUCAUAGCAACUUGUUCAGCAGAUAACAAAGCGAAGAUCUGGUGUUUAAGAACAGGCAAGCGUAUAUUUGACUGUGGGGAACAUACAGAGCAGGUCAACUGUUGCCAGUUUAACAGUGGAAAUAAUGAGCUUCUCCUGACCACUUGCUCAAAUGACAGUUUGCUCAAGCUUUGGGAUGUAAGAAAUAAGCGUUGUCAAAACACAAUGUUUGGUCAUACAAGUUCUGUCAAUCAUUGUAGAUUUUCACCAGAUGAUAAAUAUGUGGCUAGUUGCUCAGCAGAUGGAACAGUGAAGCUUUGGGAAACAGGCUCAGGAAAUGAACUGAAAUGUAUUAGGAUAAAGGAUUUCUUCAGAAAUGCAGAUGAACAAGAAGUGGAAGCAUUACCCAAGUGUUGCUCCUGGUCAACAGAUGGUGCUACAGUAAUGGUGGCAGCCAAGAAUAAACUUCUUCUUUUAGAUGUUGAAACCAGUGAUUUAUUAGAAGAGGUUUUAAGUUACCAAAACACAAUCCAGUACUAUGACUUCUGCCCCAGCAAUCAACUGGUAGCAGUUGCUUUCUCACACUAUUCUGUUGAGUUGUGGAAUACUAAAACCAAGACAAAAGUAGCUGACUGCAGGGAACACAUGAGUUGGGUUCACUGUGUGACAUUUUCCCCUGAUGGCUCUUUAUUUCUGACAUCUUCUAAUGACCAGACAAUAAGGAUUUGGGAGACAAGUAAAGUGUGCAAGCCUCCAGAAAUUGCGUUGAAAAAUGAACUAGAUGUUGCAUUCAAGGGCGAUGAAAUGAUGAUUUUAGCAAUUCUCAAUCAUACACAUCUACAACUAAUUAAUGGAAACACAGGCCAUACUGUCAGUCUGACUGAUGUUGAAGACUCUAUUUCCUGCUGUUGCCUGAGUGAAGAUCUUCAAUUUGCGGCAUUUGGACAGAAGAAUGGAACUGUAAAGGUUUUAGAGGUGUCAGGUGGGAGAGUUUUGAAAUCUAGGCGUGGACACAAGACCUCUGUACAACAUUGCCUGUUUACCUCUGAUGGCCAGACCCUCAUUUCAAGUGACGAUGAUCCAAUUAUACAGGUGUGGAAUUGGGAGUUGGAAGAAUGCUUAUUUCUAGAAGGUCACAAUGAAACAAUCAAGAAUUUUAGGCUUUUGGAAAAUUCACGACUUCUUUCUUGGUCAUUUGAUGGAACAGUUAAGGUGUGGAAUAUCAUUCAUGGGAAAAUAGAAGUCAACUUUGCUUGCCAUAAAGAUACUGUUCUCUCUUGUGCUGUCUCUCCUGAUGCCACUAAGUUUUCAUCUACCUCUGUUGAUAAAACUGCCAAGAUAUGGAGCUUCAAAAGUUCCUCCAUUCUUCACGAGCUAAAGGGUCAUGAAGCCUGCGUGCGGUGCUGUACUUUUUCAUUUGAUAACAAAUUAUUGGCCACUGGAGAUGACAAAAGGGAAAUACGGAUUUGGGAUGUCUCAAGCGGUGAAUUACUUCAUCUCUGCUCCCCUGUCAUUAUAGAUGAAGGAGGUCUGACACAUGAUUACUGGGUGACAGACCUCUGUUUUUCUCCUGACAGUAAGAUGCUUGUGUCUUCUGGAGGAUAUCUUAAGUGGUGGAAUGCAGUUACUGGAGAAGCCUUGCAAACAUUCUACACAAAUGGAACAGAUCUCCAGUCGAUAUAUGUGUCCUCUAAUUUCAAAAUAUAUGUGACUGUUGAUAACCUCGGUAUCCUUUAUGUACUACAGAUGAUGGAAUGAAUCUAUUGAAUGUUUGGGAUGUGAAAGUUCAUGUGACUGAAAUGCAUAGUUUUGAGCUGGAAACAAAAUUCCACUAAAUCUGCUGUGAAGUGUUUUUCAAUAUUGCAUUCAUUAAAUGAAUUUGUGUGGGUAAUAUUUAUGUACAUUCUCAAAUGAGCAUACAUUUAAUCCUGGUUUUUGAUCAGCAUUAUUACUGUUAAUGGUUUGUCCUUGAAUUUUUAUUUGCAUCUUAAAAUAUGCAACUUGUUACGCUGUAUGUAAAAUUAUAUUAAGAUUUAUUCAAGCAGGGUGAAAUCAUUAAUAAAGAGCAGAAGGAGAGAUAUAGUAGGACUAGAAUAUA